CGCCCCGCACUUCCCUUCUGCGUCGCGGCCUUUUUGGUCCCGGCCGCGUUCCCAUCCGGGCCCCUUUCCCCGACGCACCCGCCCGCGCGCUUGCCAUGGCCUACCCCGGCGAGGACUACGACAACGAGGCCUCCUACGACCCCUAUACCUACCCCGGCGACUAUGACAUGCACACGGGAGACCCGAAGCAGGACCUGGCGUACGAGCGGCAGUACGAGCAGCAGACCUACCAGGUGAUUCCCGAGGUGAUCAAGAACUUCAUCCAGUACUUCCACAAGACUGUCUCGGACCUCAUCGACCAGAAGGUGUACGAGCUGCAGGCCAGCCGCGUCUCCAGCGACCUCAUCGACCAGAAGGUCUACGAGAUCCAGGACAUCUAUGAGAACAGCUGGACCAAGCUAACAGAGAGGUUUUUUAAAAACAGUCCUUGGCCAGAGGCAGAGGCCAUUGCACCACAAGUUGGCAAUGAUGCUGUCUUUCUGAUUCUGUAUAAGGAGCUGUAUUAUAGGCAUAUUUAUGCUAAAGUCAGUGGUGGCCCCACUCUGGAGCAGAGAUUUGAGUCUUACUACAACUACUGCAAUCUCUUCAAUUACAUCCUUAAUGCUGAUGGCCCUGCUCCCUUGGAACUGCCCAACCAGUGGCUCUGGGAUAUCAUUGAUGAAUUCAUCUACCAGUUUCAGUCAUUCAGCCAGUACCGCUGCAAAACAGCCAAGAAGUCGGAAGAGGAAAUUGAUUUCCUUCGUUCAAACCCUAAGAUCUGGAAUGUCCACAGUGUCCUCAAUGUGCUGCACUCCUUGGUAGACAAGUCCAACAUCAACCGACAGCUAGAGGUCUACACCAGUGGAGGUGAUCCUGAGAGUGUGGCUGGAGAGUAUGGUCGUCAUUCUCUCUAUAAGAUGCUAGGCUACUUUAGUCUUGUGGGCCUGCUGCGCCUUCACUCCCUGUUGGGGGAUUACUAUCAAGCCAUCAAGGUUCUGGAGAACAUUGAGCUCAACAAGAAGAGUAUGUACUCCCGGGUGCCUGAAUGCCAGGUCACCACCUACUACUAUGUGGGCUUUGCAUAUCUUAUGAUGCGGCGUUACCAGGAUGCCAUCCGUGUCUUUGCCAAUAUCCUGCUGUACAUCCAGAGAACCAAGAGUAUGUUCCAGAGGACUACCUACAAGUAUGAGAUGAUUAACAAACAGAAUGAGCAGAUGCAUGCCCUUCUAGCCAUUGCCCUCACCAUGUACCCCAUGCGGAUAGACGAGAGCAUCCACCUACAGCUGAGGGAGAAGUACGGAGACAAGAUGCUGCGCAUGCAGAAGGGCGACCCCCAGGUGUAUGAGGAGCUCUUCAGCUACGCCUGCCCCAAGUUCCUGUCCCCAGUGGUUCCCAACUAUGAUAAUGUGCAUCCCAACUACCACAAGGAGCCGUUUCUGCAGCAGCUGAAGGUCUUUGCUGAUGAAGUACAGCAGCAGGCCCAGCUCUCCACCAUCCGUAGCUUCCUGAAGCUCUAUACCACCAUGCCCGUAGCCAAGCUGGCUGGCUUCCUGGAUCUCACCGAGCAGGAGUUCCGCAUCCAGCUGCUGGUUUUCAAGCACAAGAUGAAGAACCUGGUGUGGACCAGCGGCAUUUCUGCCCUGGAUGGGGAGUUUCAGUCAGCCUCUGAAGUUGACUUCUACAUUGACAAGGAUAUGAUCCACAUUGCAGACACAAAGGUUGCCCGGCGCUACGGGGACUUCUUCAUCCGCCAGAUCCACAAGUUUGAAGAGCUGAAUCGAACCCUGAAGAAGAUGGGCCAGAGACCCUGAAACUUCUACUAAAAGUGUCACCAGACCGGCUAAGGAUAUGCGUGAAAGGAAGUGGGUGGGGGAGAGUAUUGUGUGCUGCAGGGGAAGGGAGUUGAAGAUUCUGGGAAUCUCCUGUGACUGAGGGGUUUUUUUUACUUAGCUAAGCAGAGUGUUUGGAUCUUGCCAUCAUACGGAGGACUGAGAUCUCCUAAUAAACACGUAAAAUUCUUCUGUGUGUUCA